UAGAUAUAGAUAUAUAUAGCCAACAACAGCCACUCUCUUUAACCUGUCUCACCAACUCACAUCUAGAAGCAAUUUUAUGUCUUGUUUCUCUCUCUGUCCCCUUCUCCCUUUGAGGUCAAAGUCCCUAUAAAAUCAUAACCCCAACUCCUUCUUAGGACUGGCUUUGUUCUUUAAGCAAGAGAACAAACUUUCUCAAAAUUGAAACACAAGAACAAUAAUAAUAUGGGAAGAUCACCUUGUUGUGAAAAAGCUCAUACAAACAAAGGAGCAUGGACAAAAGAAGAAGAUGAUAGACUAAUAUCUUAUAUUAGAGCUCAUGGUGAAGGUUGUUGGAGAUCUCUUCCUAAAGCUGCUGGUUUACUCCGUUGCGGUAAAAGUUGUCGUCUCCGUUGGAUUAAUUAUCUCCGACCAGACCUUAAACGUGGUAACUUUACUGAAGAAGAAGAUGAACUCAUCAUCAAACUUCAUAGUCUUCUUGGUAACAAAUGGUCUUUGAUUGCUGGAAGAUUACCAGGUAGAACUGAUAAUGAGAUUAAGAAUUAUUGGAACACUCAUAUCAGAAGAAAACUUCUUAACAGAGGAAUUGACCCUGCAACUCAUAGACCUCUAAAUGAACCUCCUCAUUCUUCUCAUUCUCAUUCUCAAUCUCAAUCUCAAUCACUUAAUCUUCAGAAUCAUAAUCAGAAUCAAGAAUCUGUUACUAUAGCAGUAGUAGCUGCAUCUGCAACAACUACUACUACUACUAUUCCUGCAGUAACAGUACCAACAACAACAAUAUCAUUUGCUUCAUCUAUUAAACAAGAACAAUAUCAUCAUCAUCAUCAUCAUUAUAAUCAUAAUCAAGAGAUGAUGAUUAAAGGUUCAGUGUUAGAAAGAUGUCCUGAUUUGAAUCUUGAGUUAACAAUUAGUCCACCAAGACAACAAGAACAAGAUGAACAAUUCAAAAACAGCAGAAACCUCUGUUUUGUUUGUAGUUUGGGUUUACAGAACAGUAAAGAUUGUAGCUGUGAUGAAAUUGUUGGAAAUUCUAGCACUGGAAAUGCUUCUACUACUCCUGCUUAUGAUUUCUUAGGUUUGAAAGCUGGUGUUUGGGAUUACAAAGGUUUAGAAAUGAAAUGAAAAAGAGAAGAAAAAAAAUAGCUAGUGUUGGAACAGAGUAUUGAGUGAGAGAAUGAAAAAAUUCAAUUAAUUUUGAAAAAAAAGGUUUUUUUCUUUCUUAUUUCUUAUAUAAUUUGUAUAAAUAAUUAGUUGUUGAUGCAUAAGAUAUAGUAUCAGUAUAGCUGAACAUUAUUGGCUA